AGUGCUGGUAAGUUUUUUUAUGCAUAGCUUACAUGCGAUAUAUUAGAUUUAGUAUUACUAUAAAUGUUUGUACUACUUUGAAACACUGUGAUAACGUUCUUCGUGAAAGUAGCGUUGAAACCAGGUAAGACUUUUUUUGCGACUGUGAUAACAUUUGCUUUUAUAUAUUUUUGAAGCAUUUUUAUUGUUGUUAACUUUCUAACCACUUUUUUUGGUAGCUUAUGCGCAAAGAGCCGUGGUAAAGGUGACAUGCAUUACAGCAUUCUACUAUAUUUGGUUCUAACGAAAAACAAUAAAAUUAUUAUUAAGGGCACUCUAGGGCAUUUGUCAUGAUAAAUAAGGAAAAAAUUUGAAAUUGUAUCUCGUGCAAUAGAAAUUAUUAAAUACCCUUGACUUGAGAAAAGAAAGAAAAUGGGUGCCUGCUAUGGCUCUGUUAUUAUCACUUGCUGGUAAAGCUUAAAAUAAAUGCCGUUUAUCUGCAACAAUUGUAAUUGCCAAAGAUUGACAAUCUGCGAAAAUGUUUUAUAAAAUUCGCAUUCUCCAGUCUGUUUAGAUAUAAGGAUAAUUACACGCAACCAUGGCUGAGUGCAAUGGUGGAUAUGAUGCUAACUUUGUGACAGAGGUACAUGACCUAUUGAAAUGUGCUGUAUGUCAGUUUGUGUUAAAAAAUCCAGUAAUUAUUGUGGAGUGUGGACACAGACUUUGUAAAGAAUGCUUUGAAAACACGAAAGAUUAUGCAAUAUUAAGAGGAUUUGAUUUGUUGUGUCCACUGGACAGAAAUUUGAUAGAUAAAGAAAAGGUUUAUCCAGAUAAAGGCAUUGAAAGAAGGAUCUUGGAUUUACAAGUAAAAUGUGAUAACUUUGAUAAGGGAUGCGCAUGGAGGAAUGAAUUACGACAGUUGCAGGAACAUGUGAAUAUGGAAUGUCCAUUUGAAACAAUCACUUGCCAUCAUGAUGGAUGUGACGAAAGAAUUAUGAGAGGUGCACUUCCACCACACGAGGAAAAGUGUCCCAUGAAGGAAUUUAAUCAAACGCGAAGAAUGAAGCAUUUAGAAAUUACUGUUGUGCAAAUCAUGGAAAGACUGAAAGUAUGUGAGAAUCAGUUAAAAUUGUAUGAUCAAGAAAAAAAAGAUAUGUCAAUGUUAAUAAAAUCUAAAGAUGAGCAGUUGGAUAUCCUGACUGCAAAUAUGAAAGAAAAAGAUUUGCAAUUGAAAGAGACGGAAGAAAAUUUACAAAAGAACGAAGAUGCAUUGGAUAAAAUAAAAAAGAACAUGGAAAAAGUAAGUAGCAAAGUAAGUAGUAACGCAGAAAGAAUUAGCGCUAUUGGAAAGGAUGUCCAGGAUAACAAGAGGGUUGAAAAAAUCGAGAAAAUAUUGGACAAUCACGACAAAGCCUUGGAUGAAGUAAAAACAAAUUUUGCAGAUGUUAAAAUAUGUACUAUCGAAAAAGAAACUGCGGCCAAUGAGAAAAUCAUUCGAUAUUGUAAACCCUUUGAAGAAACACUAAUAAAGUCAAAUGCCUUAAUAGAUGGUUUAAAAAGUGAAAUGAAAUCUAUACGUAUUUUACAAGAAACUAUACUUGUGGGUUACUUCGAAUGGCAUAUCACAAACUACCACGAAAUAUGGUUAAAAGAUUAUAGAGAUUAUAGAGAGAGUUUACCUUUCUCAACGUUAAAUGGUUAUAGCUGUUAUUUGUCUGCUGUGUGGCAAUAUGAAGAAGUAGAAGCUGUUGGAAUUUAUUUUCAUAUACUAUUAGGUGAGAGAGAUUGCGAUCUUGUUUGGCCAUUCAAUUUGAAAGUCACCUUUGAGUGUUGUAGCGUGGACAAUGUUAAACAUAAAAUGUCUCUUCAACUUGACCAGUCAGACGUUUCGUGGAGAAAAAAACCGACUGAAGAAUCACAAGGACGGGGUUUCGGGUUUUUCAACUUUUUGCUAAAACCAGAUCUUGAUAAAUGCAUAAUCGAUGAUAGCAUUACAAUUAAAUGCUAUAGAGAAACAAUGCAUAAUAAUUAGAGAACUGUAGGGAACGUUCCGCUAUUGAUUUUUGUUUCAACUAAAUAAAACUCAUUUUUUAUCUUUUCUUUUCUUAUAUGUAGAAGAGCAUUGUGAUUUCAAUUACGAUUUGCUAUUAAGGCGUUUUACUUACCAAUCGUCGCUGUUCUAUUGUAGACAAUUUCAAAGAAUAGAGUAUUCAUAAGUUGUUUCUACAAUAUUAGAGAUUUGUAUCUAUGACCAAGGAAAGUCGCGCAGCUUUAAGUUUGGAAAAAGGUGUGCAAGCCCUCGCAUGUCAAUUAGCUCUUUAACUAUGAGUGCGUGUGUAUCUGGGAUAAGUAGUGUUAUGUAAUGUUUUUGUUUAAAUCGCACCCAUACAUAACACCCAUUUAUCGUGUUAUGUAUAACAAAAACACAUCAAAUACUCAGAUUUUCUCUACGGUAAGAAUAUGCCGUCUAGUCUUUUGUAUUUUUUUAUAGUUAUUAUUUUUUUAUAGUAAAAAGUA